AAGCAACGCGACGUGGUCGCGGGACGGCAAUUUCACACGGACACUCGCGUGCACACGCUCGAAUGCGCUCGCGGAUUUCGAGCCGGAUCCACGUGGAUUCUCGACUGUCAGCUGCUGCCGUUGCCAACGUCGUAAUAUCUUGAAAAUACGAGAUGGAUUCCGAUACAUUCAAGGAUUUCGCCAACGAAAUGAUAGAAUAUAUCAUCAACUACGUGGAGAAUAUCAGGGACAGGAGAGUGCUGCCAACGGUAAAACCAGGCUAUUUAAAACCCCUUUUGCCCUCAGAGGCUCCGCAAACGCCAGAAAAUUGGAAAGACAUUAUGGCGGACAUAGAAAGAGUGAUAAUGCCAGGAAUCACUCACUGGCACAGCCCGAAAUUCCACGCAUAUUUUCCAACAGCCCAAUCGUAUCCAGCAAUCGUUGCUGACAUGCUCAGCGGUGGCAUUGCUUGCAUGGGAUUCUCUUGGUUGGCAAGUCCCGCCUGCACCGAACUGGAAGUGGUGAUGUUGGACUGGCUAGGAAAAAUGCUAGACUUGCCGAAAGAGUUUCUAAGUUCUGGCGGUGGAAAAGGAGGGGGUGUCAUUCAGGGAACUGCGAGCGAGGCCACUUUAGUAGCACUCCUAGGUGCAAAGGCUAGAAAAAUAAGGCAGGUCAAGGAACAACAUCCCGAAUGGACGGAUAACGAGAUCGUGGGAAAAUUAGUCGCUUACAGUUCCUGUCAAGCUCAUAGCUCAGUGGAACGAGCCGGCCUCCUAGGAGGUGUGAAAUUCCGUCUGUUGGAGGUAGAUUCUAAAUACAAACUUCGUGGUGAGUCGCUAGCUGAAGCCAUCCGAAAAGAUAAGGAGCAAGGGUUUAUACCGUUCUACGUCGUCGCAACCCUGGGAACGACUUGCUCGUGCGCAUUCGAUCGCCUCGACGAGAUAGGUGUCGUCGCGAAUCGCGAGAAUAUUUGGCUGCACGUCGACGCAGCUUACGCUGGCUCCGCCUUCAUAUGCCCGGAAUUCCGAUAUCUGAUGAAAGGAAUCGAAUUGGCAGAUUCCUUCAAUUUUAACCCGCACAAGUGGAUGCUGGUGAAUUUCGAUUGCUCGGCAAUGUGGCUGAAAGAUCCCACUUAUAUGAUCAACGCAUUUAACAUGGAUCCCCUGUACCUGAAGUACGACAUACAGGGAUCUCCUCCCGAUUACAGGCACUGGCAGAUCCCGUUGGGGAGAAGAUUCAGAUCGUUAAAGCUUUGGUUCGUCUUGAGGAUGUACGGCGUGGAGAAUCUUCAACGAUACAUCAGAAAACACGUGGAGCAGGCUCGUGAAUUCGAGGCGAUGAUCCUAUCCGAUCCACGAUUCGAGAUCGUGGCCGAGGUCGUUCUAGGGCUCGUCUGUUUCCGGUUAAAGGGAUCGAACGACAUAAACGAGGCGUUAUUGAAGAAAAUCAACGACGCGGGAAAUAUUCAUUUGGUGCCGUCCAAGAUAAAGGACAUGUACUUCCUACGGUUCGCAAUUUGUUCUCGGUUCAGCGAGAGCAAAGACAUCCAGAACUCUUGGAAAGAGAUAAAGCUUAGAACGGACGAGGUGUUCGAAGAGCAAUCCGUUUCUAAGUGAUGGCGCGCUCAGUUAGCCCGUGGUUGCCGUUCCUUGGCGCCUGCAACUUGCAAUCAAUCUUAGCUCGUUUAGAAUACAUUUUAUCGAUCUUGAUUGACCCGAAGAACGCGAGCGGACGAUCGAGACAAAAGUAAGCAUUCUUGUUAUUUAUUUCGCAGAUUUGAAUUUUAUUUUAUUUCGUCUUUUCAACUUUUAAUAUAUUAUUAUAUAUAUAUAUAUAUAAUAAUUUGUUGUUCGUUCGUAAUAUCUUGUUGUUGUUUUAUUAUUUUGUUGAAAAGAAUUUUUGAAAAUAUCCCAAGAAAAUUUGUCGAGUUGUUGGUUAAAAAUUAUUUGAUUACGUAAAGUUUAUAAUAUAAAGAUAACUCGGACGAAUCCCAUAGUAAGAAAGUAGCCAAAGAUCGUUCUUCGACUGCCGUUUCACGCUACCGUGAUUUACUAUAUAUAAACGCAGUAUUACAUACAUUCGUGUCGCCUUGUGCCACUUUUCGAACGCAUAGCUAAUGUAUUCAGUAGACCUAUUAGAUCGCUUUCUUCUACUACCGACAGAGAUGCGUAUCUUUAGCAAGAAUAUUACGCAAUUGUUGGCGCAUUUCGCGAGUAUAUCUCUUAUAUUUAGAUUAUUAUUACUUGUAGAAUAUAUUAAUUUCAUUGUAUUUAAAAUGUUUUAAAAUAAUUUAACGAACGUAAUUUAAUCUGUUACACCAGAUAUAUCUUUGUUCUUCUUCUUCUUCUCAUUAUUAUUAUUAUUAUUAGUUUGAAAUUGUUAUCAUUAUAAAAAUUAAUAGUGAAAUUUCGGAGUAAGGGAAUUUCUCUUAGAUAAUAACAAAUCUGUGAAAGUAUAUAGCGUAGUAUAAAGUAUUAUAUCAUCGUUGUAUCCACCUCCAAGAUACAUAUAAUAUUGUUACGUACUUAGAUAUCGUUUGACUCGUAGGUCGAAUUAUUCUACAUUGUUGAAUUCGAUCGUGUUUGGGAUCUAUGCGAAAAUUCGAUAAGAGAAAAGAGUUUAAGAGUUUAAUUUUAAAACUGUAUAACUGUUGUGUUGAUUUCUUUAUUCUUUUAGAAAUCUUUUGGAAAGAGAAAAAAGUCGUAAACUUACGUUUUCAUAUUACCACUUUUGUGGAAACAAGUUUUCCAAAUUCGCUGUGGUAAAGGAAUUAAAGGAAAGUUAAAGGAUAGAAAAUGUCACGAAAUAAUAGGAGAUAUUUUAAUUUUAAUUUUAAUUUCACGGAUGUACUUACAUGUCCCAGCAUGUAGGUGGAAAAUUAAUUAUAUUGCGUAAAAUAAUCGUAGUAGAUCCAUAUAUAUAUUAGAUACUAAACAACUGGACAAAUAAACGGAUAUUUAUAUUUAUAUUCGAAUCAAAAUAUUUUAAAUAUCAUGUUAAAUUAUUUAAAAUGUCAUUCUGAUGAUAUCAACAUGUUAUAUUUUUUUUCUGCUCUAAUCAAUUGUACAAUAGUUUAUAAGUGUUAUAAAUCUAUGUGACAAUAUCUUCGUCUUCCUGUUCAACUGAUCCUCGGUUUGUCGAUAUAUUCGUUUGUCAUCGAGCUACGAUAUUGCGAUCGAAGCAUCGAUCAAUUUUCCUUAUUAAUUAUAAUUGCACGCCUCUCUUAUUGAAACAAUAUCGAGUAUAAUUACGGCAUUUUAUAACAUAAAGUAGUGCUGCAACUGGGACAAUAAAUAGAUCUAGAAAUUACUUUGCACUGUUUGGUCUGUCGAACGAGCAAAACGUUCUUAAAGGAAAAUAAUUGUGAAAGAAUCUUCAAAGGAACUUUCGAAUGCAUAAAUAUUUUACUUUCUUAUUGCACGAUUUUAUAUAACACGAUUGAUAUACAAAGUUAUCUAUUUUUUAAUAAUAAAUCUAAUAAAUAUAUAACAAAAGUAUAAUUUACAUCAAAGAGAAAUGAGUAUAGUAAAAAAAAAAGGCAUUAAUUUAGAAUUUAAAAUCGAAUAAGCGAAUUAAUCGUCGUUGUUAGGAAAAACUUAUCGCUCAACUGAAUCGUAAGAACGUUUUCUCGAUGCAAUAAAGCGAAUUGUUUAAAAUGGGACCAAAAGGAAAGUAAUAAAUCAAAAUGUAAAAUGUGUGUGUACGUACGUACCUGUUCGAUUUGUAAAAAAUUCGUUCGAGAUAUUUAUUUUCCAUUCUGAAACGAACAAUGCUAAAUGUUUGUUAAAUAUUCGUUGUAAGUGAAUGUUGAAGAAGACGUGUGAAGGGACGUUAUCUCUAUUACACUGUUGUGCACGUAAUAAAAUAUAUAUAUACAUUGAAUGUAA